AUGAAGGUAAUUAUCGCAGGCGCAACAGGCUACAUCGGCCAAGAAAUCCUCACCCAAUGUAUCGCCCACCCAUCAAUCACCUCCAUCGUCGCUCUGACCAGACGCGACCUAGACAUCAAAAGCGACAAGCUCCGCACAUACCUCAUGAAAGAUGAAGAUUUCCUCUCCUAUUCAGACCCGAAAUUAAGAGAUGAAUUGAAAAAUGCAGGUGCUUGCCUGUGGUCCAUCGGCCUUCGCCCAUCCCAGGCAGGGAACGACGAACGCACCCGCGUCAUUUCUGUAGAUUAUCCUGCUGCAGCGGCGGCGAAUAUGGCAGAGAUUGCGUCGACUUCAGCCCCCGGUGGGAAACUGCGGUUUGUGUAUAUCAGCGGUUCUGGUGUGGAGCGGGACCAGAAUAAGUCGCUUUGGUGGAUGGGUAAUUUUCGUCGGUUGAGGGGUGAAUCGGAGAAUGUUCUCCUCAGACAUGCUGAGGCGAAUCCAGAUGCGUUUGAGGCGUAUAUUAUGCGCCCCUCACUAGUUCCGUCUACGCAGGGGACGAUUCGCGAUCGUGUCUGGAGCAUGUUCCCGUCUGUUAGGAUGGAUCUGCUGGCGCGGGCCAUGGUUGAUAUUGCGCUGAAUGGGAACAAGGAGACGACGAUUGAGAACCAGACGAUUAAUGAGUGGCCGUGA